UUAAUUUUGUCCGGAAUCAAUUAUGCAAACUCUUUUCCAUUGUUUGUGUAACUUUCUCUCUCAACCAUGACUCAACUUCUAAAUGCUACUGUCUACAUUUAAUGCACAAAGCCAGCUUGAAACUCGCUUAAAAGUUACUACUGUCCUUGCAACCCCGAAUCAAUUAAUAAGGUCUCCUAAAAUAGCCUCGGACUCAGAUAAAGAUCACAAACACUUUUCUUAACGUCUAAAAUCCUUCCCUAUUUAUGCCAUACUCACUCUGAGGCUUCAAGUGUUCCAGGGGGUCUCUUCAAUAUGUGCUAGAAAUAUGCAAGGUGAUUGUUCUAAAGGUGUGGAACUUAGCAACUUGUUCUGCACUUUCAGUUUGUGAUCAUCUUUACUUUGUGUUGUUGAGAACUUGAGAAGGAAUGGGAAGGAAACCUUGUUGUGAUGACAAGAUUGGGUUGAAGAGAGGUCCUUGGACUUCUGAAGAGGAUGAGGCUCUUGUCAAUUUUAUCAAGAAAAAUGGUGGUCAUGGAAGCUGGCGUUCUCUCCCUAAGUUAGCAGGCCUUCUUCGUUGUGGUAAGAGUUGCAGGCUAAGAUGGACAAACUACCUCAGACCUGAUAUUAAGCGUGGCCCCUUUACACCUGAGGAAGAAAAACUAGUCAUACAGCUUCAUGCCAUCCUUGGAAAUAGGUGGGCUGCAAUUGCCUCUCAGCUUCCAGGAAGAACAGACAAUGAGAUCAAAAAUUUAUGGAACACACACCUGAAGAAACGUCUCAUAUCCAUGGGAAUCGACCCACAAACCCACGAGCCAGUCGCCUCUUCAACUUACCCGAUCGACAAGUCACACGCGUCAACCGCCACGCGCCACAUGGCUCAGUGGGAGAGUGCAAGGCUUGAAGCUGAGGCCAGGCUCUCAAGAGAGUCAUCUUUGUUCAGCAACAACACCUCCAACAAAACUAAUUCUGACUAUUUCCUCCGCAUGUGGAACUCUGAAGUUGGACAAUCUUUUCGCGCCAAGAACAAAUCAGAUGAUGAUAGCAAAGCUAGGUGCCAGAGUCCCAUGUCCCUAGUUGGAUCCUCAACCCCAGAAAGCAAUGUGAAGGAAGAUUUCGAGUGGAAAUUCUCUGAUUCAUGUGGUGGAAUUGUGGCUGAUUCAAGUUCUGAUGACCUUGAAGACUCUUCUGACACUGCAUUGCAGCUCUUGUUGGACUUUCCUAUAUACAAUGACAUGAACUUCUUAGAAUGAAAC